CACAAAUUACAACGCGUUGUUGAAUUGGUUGCCUAAAAAUUGUAUUAUUUGUAUUUGACAUGACAUUUAUAAUGUGACUAGCAUAAAAUGACGGAUGUUGUCAAGGGUGUUAGCAAAGUAUGGGACAGAUUAUUCGAUCAUAGAGGAUUUUUAAUUGGAGAAAUCGCGUUUACAUUACGUGAAUUUGAGCAGAAACGAAAGGACACAGAAGUUGAUAAUUUAUUCAAAGCAAUAGAAGUUAUUACCGAAAUAAAAGAUACAGAAAUUGAUAGGCUUAAGCAAGCUGCAAUUCAGAUAGACAAGAUUAAUGAAAGUCUAGAGAUAGCAGUACAACUAAGUGACAAUUUUACUAAACUAGAAGAAAAAUAUAAACACGAUAAUACUCUUGAAGAUUUAAGAAGUAAAAGAAAAAUAGUAUGGGAUAAAUUUAUGGAUGAUAUUACAUCAAAAUAUUCAGAAAUAAAUACAAAUUACGAGACCAAAGAAGAGGAACUUUCUAAAUUGCCUUUGAACGAAGCCUCGACAGUUACUGAUACAGAUAAGUUACUUAGUUUAGAAGACCUACACUGGCUUCAUAACUAUAUACAAAAACAAAAUCAAAAUAAUGAUGAUACAAUUUGGCUUCAUGAACUAAUAGAAGGAUCAGAGGUUAUUUUGCCAAAAAAUGAAAAGAUUCCUAGAAAUGAAGAGCUAGAUAAAAGAUGCAAAAGACUUAAGGAAGAACAAGCAAAUAGGGAUUAUUUUAAAAUGACCAAAAAUGUGGACAACAAGAGAAGAGUUCUUCCUGAAGAUACUGUUGGAUAUCAAUUGAAGCAGAUGAACAGACACCUUGUAGCUGUUUUCCAGUUCAUAAUGUCAGUUAUAGCCGGUUUUGUGUUUGGUUUCAUUGGUAUAGAGCUCUUAAUUGGUAAUCUAGAUUUCGGAUUUAGACUUUUACUUGGGAUCAUUUGCGCCUUAACUAUAGCUCUUGCUGAAUUAUAUUUCCUAGCUAAAAAACUGAAUGAAGACCUGCAAUUUGAGUAUUCGUCAGAGAAUACCAAGGGUAUAAAAUUAGAUUAAACUAUUUUAAAAGUGGGAUAUUGAAAGUUUUAUAUUUUUUGGCAAAAAAUGGUUUACCAUUGACCACAAUUUAAUUUAUAUUUAGAGAAAACGAUUUUUUGGCUUCCUGCCAAUCUAUCUUACAUUUUAAAUUAUCUGAAAAAGAUCUUAAAUUAUUAUAAAUUAUUCAUCAAAAACAGUUGAUUCCCAUUUUUAAAUAGAAUAACAUUCUUGCACCUUUUGAUAGAAAAUAAUUAGCACUCACUUUUUUAAAUAUAAUAUUCGCAUGGUAAAAAUCGAUGAAGUAACACAAAAAUAAGGGGCUAAUGUUUAAAAAAAUGCUUCCAAGCAAUUUCAAAUAUACCAAUAUAUUCUAAACAUUUUAUACUUGUUAUAAUAUAUUGUGAAUCUAAAGUUAUGAUAUACAAUUGGUUAUUUUUAUAAAAAUGAAUUAAACA